AUGAAUAUUGCUGCUUGGAAUGUACGUGGUGCUGGUAAGAAUAGUUGUGCUCGCACUAUUAAGGAUCUAAAAAAAACUUUUGACAUCGACAUCCUGGCUGUUUUGGAACCUAGAAUAAGUGGGUCUAGGGCCCUAACUGUUGCUCAAAAUUUGGGUUUCUCUCACUUUCACAUUGUUGAUGCUAUUGGCUUCUCAGGAGGUGUUUGGUUACUGUGGAAUGGGAACUCUGUGUCUCUCCAAGUUGUUGCCCACUCCAGCCAAUCUAUUACUGCCUUAGUGACCUUGGGGAAUCAGUGGUGGCUCCUAACUGUGGUGUAUGCUAACCCUUGCCAGGGAAUUAGAGAAUCCUUGUGGAAUUAUUUUGAUGGCCUUGCUCGUGCCUCCCACCUGCCUUGGCUGGUCCUAGGUGACUUUAACGAUAUUGUAAGUGCAGAUGAAAAAUGUGGAGGCAACCUGGACCAGGGUGGUAGAAGCUUCAUUGAUUGGAUUGAUCGUAAUCAACUUGUGGAUUUGGGUUUCUCUGGUGCUAAGUUUACAUGGUGCAAUAAGAGGAAUGCUGAGGGUAUUAUUUGGAAAAGGCUUGAUAGGGGUCUGUGCAACAUUAAAUGGCGGCUUUUAUUCCCGGAGGCUCAUCUAUCUCACCUUCCUAGAGUGAACUCUGACCACUGCCCUGUUCUGGUCUCCUUAGAUUCCAACCACUAUCCUGAGAGAAAUUGUACCCCUUUCAGAUUCCAAGCAAUGUGGAUGUCUCACCCUGACUUCCCUGACUUUAUUCAUGCUCAUUGGAAUACUGGAGAUGGUAAUGCCAGUCAAAAAGCUGCUCGCCUUAAGUCCUCUCUUAUUUCCUGGAACCGCCAAGUCUUUGGUUGUCUUUUCCAGAAUAAAAGACGGCUCCUGGCUAGGCUUGCAGGUAUCCAAAGGAAGCUGUGUUUGAGGCAUAAUCCCCAUCUUUGUGACCUUGAAGAUGAAUUAACCAACAAUUAUAAUUUGCUUCUUGAACAAGAAGAGCUCUUCUGGCUACAUAAAUCAAGAAAUACAUGGCUUAAAGAAGGUGAUAAGAAUUCUCGGUUCUUUCACCUAUCCACAAUUAUCAGGAGGAGGAGAAAUAAAUUGGAAGGCCUUAACAAUGAUGCUGGGGCUUGGACCACAGACAAAACUGGCAUGAAGCAAAUUGUUAUUGAUUACUUUCAAGGUAUUUUUUGCACUUCUGACCCAAUUGGUGAUUAUUCCUUACUCCCGCACUUAUUUCCUCAGCUUGAGGAGGCUGACCUUGCAGGGUUGAAUUGUGCUGUGUCUAAUGAAGAGAUUAAAGAGAGCCUUUUCAACAUUGGUGGUUUAAAGACCCCUGGUCCAGAUGGAUUCCCUGCUAUUUUUUAUCAGAAAUUUUGGGAGGUUUGCUCUAAUGAUAUCAUCUCGUUUACCAAUGAGUGCUUCCAAACUGCCACCCUUCCUGAUCACAUCAAUGAAACCCUUAUUGCCUUGGUCCCUAAAGUGGAGAGACCUGUCUCCAUGACUCAACUUAGGCCUAUCAGCCUCUGCAACACGCUCUAUAAAGUGGUCUCUAAAAUCCUUGUGGCUAGGCUUCGCCCUUGUAUGACUAAGCUUGUUAGUCCGAAUCAAGUAAGCUUCGUCCCUGGACGGCAGAUUACAGAUAACAUUGUUAUUGCUCAAGAGGUGCUGCAUAAAUUCAAAACUGCUAAAGGUAAAAAAGGAUUUAUUGCUUGGAAAAUUGAUCUUUCUAAAGCUUAUGAUCGGCUGCACUGGCACUUUAUUCGGGAGGUGUUGUGGGAGGUGGGAAUUAGAGGGAGAAUCCUGGAAUUAUUAAUGCAGUGUUUUUCUACUGUUCAAUACAAGGCCAUUCUCAAUGGUGAGUUAACUGCUGCUUUCUCUCCUCAUUGCGGUAUAAGGCAAGGGGAUCCUCUCUCCCCCUACAUAUUUGUUCUCUGCAUGGAAAAACUCUCUCACCUCAUUCAGCAAAAAAUUCAUGAUAGGACCUGGAAACCGAUUCAAAUUUGUCAUGGAGGUCCAAAGAUUUCUCACCUCUUUUUUGCAGAUGACCUUAUCCUUUUUGGGGAAGCAUCCAUCCAUCAAGCUCACUUGAUGAAACUUUGCUUGGAGGAUUUCUGUCAACUCUCUAGCCAAAAAGUUAGCUUUGAUAAAUCUAGAAUAUGUGUCUCCCCAAACAUCUGCUCCGACUUGGCCAACUCUAUUGCUGCUAUAAGUGGCUCCCCCUACAGCUCUAACCUUGGAAAGUACCUUGGUGUCCCUCUUAUUCACACUAGGGUGGACAAAACAACUUAUCAAGAGGUCAUUGCUAAAGUUCAAAAAAGGUUAGCUUCGUGGAAACACCACACCCUCUCUAUGGCUGGUAGAAUAACUCUUCUACAAUCUGUGACUGCUGCUAUCCCGCUGUAUACCAUGCAAACUGUCAAAUUGCCCGUUUCUGUCUGUGAUAGGCUUGAUCAGUUGAACAGAAACUUUCUUUGGGGGCACACUGCGGAUAAAGCCACAAUUCAUUUAGUGAAUUGGGAAACUUCCUGCAAACCCAAGACAGCUGGUGGUUUGGGUAUUAAGAAAAUGGCUUGGAUGAACCAAGCUCUCUUGGCAAAAUCCGGUUGGAGACUCCUUCAACAUGAGCAAGGGCUAUGGGCUGAGGUCUUUAAAGCUAAAUAUCUAAAGCAGCGUGACAUCUUAACUGCUACGGCUUCUAACUUCCAGUGUUGUUCUAGUGCUUGGAGGGGAGUCUUAUAUGGUAUUUCAACUCUUUCUAAAGGCCUCAAGUGGAGAGUAGGUUCUGGGGAAAAUGUGAGAUUCUGGACAGAUAAUUGGCUAAGUUGUGGCCCCCUCCAACAGCAUGCCCUCUUUGAUCUAGCUGAAGAUAUGCUCCAGUUGAAUGUAAGUGAUUUUCUUGAUAAUGGUACCUGGGAGCUUAAUUGCUUGAGGGAAUGUCUCCCUGAUAAUAUUAUCCAGAUUAUUCUAAGCACCCAUGCUGGCUUCCCUGGUAGUGGAGUUGACAAAAAUAUUUGGAGGCUCACCCCUAAUGGUGACUUUUCUGUUAAAUCUGCCUACAAUACUUUCUCUCUUGAUGAUCCCACACUUAAGUGGGCUUGGGAGUUUAUUUGGCAGCUGCACCUCCCUCCCAAGACUAAAACCUUCCUCUGGCUUUUUUGCCACAAGAAGUUACUUACAAAUGUUCAAAGACAGAAAAGGGGCCUCACUCAAAUCAUGAACUGUCCUAGAUGUGCUGCCCCUAUGGAAACAAUUGAGCACCUGUCCAAAGACUGUCCUAGCUCUAUUGCUACUUGGAUUGGCAUUGGCAUUGAUGUUGGGGAUCUUGGCUCCCUUGACUUUGAUGAUUGGAUCCUGCUGAAUCUGAAGAAUAAAAGGAAGGUUUUUCAUGGUCUACCUUGGCAUCUGAUUUUUACGUUAACCCUUUGGUUUAUUUGGAAAUGGAGAUGCAAAGGUGUUUUUGACCAAAACUUUACUUUGCAUGCUGAACCAAGGCAAAUUAUCCUUCAGUAUGCUAAUGAAUGGUACGCUGCCAACAAACCUUUUUUUGGUACCUCUAUUCAUGCUUUGACCCAGCUGUCUUGGAAUAGUCCCAAUCCUGGAAGCUGUAAGAUCAACUCUGACGGUAGUCGGAAUAACACUACGGGUCAUAUUGGCGCUGCUGGUGUUUUAAGAGACACAAAUGGUGGUUGGCUUAAGGGCUAUUCUGUGAACCUGGGUAUUGGCUCUGUCCUUGAGGCUGAGUUGUGGGGUAUCUUCUGGGGACUCUCCCUAGCUUGGGACUCUGGGUUCCGGACUGUGGAAGUAGAAAGUGACUCCAAGGUUGCUGUGACUCUUAUCAACACCCUCACUUCUUCUACCCACCCCUUUUUCAGCAUCAUUAAUUGCUGCAAACUAAAAAUGGGUGCUGAUUGGAAUUGCUCAGUUAGACACAUUUUUCGUGAACAGAACUGUGUUGCUGAUGCUUUGGCUGCUAAAAGUUUUGAUUUUAACCCAGGUCUGCAUAUCUUUGAUGAGGCUCCUGCUUACAUUACUGACUUCCUGGCUGCUGAUACAAGGGGAGACCCCAGGUCUCGUCUUAUCUUUCUUUAG